AUGGCAAGCAAUAAAAUAGGCAGUGGAACAUCGAGCGUGAAUUCAUUGACGGCACCUCAAACAACGAAUGCCAAAGAAAAGUCACGUGUUUGGAAAGAUAUUUAUUCAAAACUUCGUAAAAACAAACAAGACCUCCGAAACGGUUAUGCUUUUGGAAAGAAACCGCCCAACUAUAGCGAUCCAUCCCCGAGUUUGUCACCAGCCAUUAACGCUAAAUCUCCUGCAUCAACAACGUCAAGUAAAAGCAAAUCAGUUUCCGCAUCCUCCUCGUCAAAUCCUAGUUCCGAUUCUCCUACUAACAUAUCGGCUAUCAAGCUUUUCCAGAAUAGCGACACUCAAACGGAAGACAUGAAGAAGGAUACCGACAUGAUAGACGAGUGUAUAAUGUCGCUAGCGCUGGCUUGUAUAAUUGUCCUCCCUAUGGCAAUUAUUGUCGUUCUUGUCGGUCUAGCAACACCAUAUUGGUACAAUACAGGAACGGGAAACCUUGGACUUUUUCAGAUGUGUUACACAACUUCAGGGGCUUGUGAAACUGCGAAUUCCUUCUUAUCCACCGUUUCCUCGACAGCUCAGGAGACAUGGAGAGUAGUGUCCAGUUUGACCGUGGUAGGAACUUCUCUGUUUCUCGUCGCACUCAUCUUCCUCUGUCUCUAUAUGUCCUGUAAGCGAAUCGACAACAAGAAGAUAUGUUGUGGAGUUAUUAUCUGCUUACUGUUAUUGACAGGGGCUGGGUGCGUGAUCAGCGGAAUGGCACUUGCGAUCUCCUUAUACACACAGAUUGGUCAGAACUAUAUCCUGGAAUGGUCUUUCUACCUCGCUGCCGUCGGAGGCAGCAUCGGAUUUAUUGCUUUCGUUCUUUUCGCCGUCCAUGUUUGUUUUCUUGUCAUAGACUAA